AUGCCGCUGGACUCCGAGGUAACCCCUUCGAAUCUGGACGACUCUCUGAGCCCUUCAGACUCUCUGAGCCCUUCAGACUCUCUGAGCCCUUCAGACUCUCUGAGCCCUUCAGACUCUCUGAGCCCUUCAGACUCUCUGAGCCCUUCAGACUCUCUGAGCCCUUCAGACUCUCUGAGCCCUUCAGACUCUCUGAGCCCUUCAGACUCUCUGAGCCCUUCAGACUCUCUGAGCCCUUCAGACUCUCUGAGCCCUUCAGACUCUCUGAGCCCUUCAGACUCUCUGAGCCCUUCAGACUCUCUGAGCCCUUCAGACUCUCUGAGCCCUUCAGACUCUCUGAGCCCUUCAGACUCUCUGAGCCCUUCAGACUCUCUGAGCCCUUCAGACUCUCUGAGCCCUUCAGACUCUCUGAGCCCUUCAGACUCUCUGAGCCCUUCAGACUCUCUGAGCCCUUCAGACUCUCUGAGCCCUUCAGACUCUCUGAGCCCUUCAGACUCUCUGAGCCCUUCAGACUCUCUGAGCCCUUCAGACUCUCUGAGCCCUUCAGACUCUCUGAGCCCUUCAGACUCUCUGAGCCCUUCAGACUCUCUGAGCCCUUCAGACUCUCUGAGCCCUUCAGACUCUCUGAGCCCUUCAGACUCUCUGAGCCCUUCAGACUCUCUGAGCCCUUCAGACUCUCUGAGCCCUUCAGACUCUCUGAGCCCUUCAGACUCUCUGAGCCCUUCAGACUCUCUGAGCCCUUCAGACUCUCUGAGCCCUUCAGACUCUCUGAGCCCUUCAGACUCUCUGAGCCCUUCAGACUCUCUGAGCCCUUCAGACUCUCUGAGCCCUUCAGACUCUCUGAGCCCUUCAGACUCUCUGAGCCCUUCAGACUCUCUGAGCCCUUCAGACUCUCUGAGCCCUUCAGACUCUCUGAGCCCUUCAGACUCUCUGAGCCCUUCAGACUCUCUGAGCCCUUCAGACUCUCUGAGCCCUUCAGACUCUCUGAGCCCUUCAGACUCUCUGAGCCCUUCAGACUCUCUGAGCCCUUCAGACUCUCUGAGCCCUUCAGACUCUCUGAGCCCUUCAGACUCUCUGAGCCCUUCAGACUCUCUGAGCCCUUCAGACUCUCUGAGCCCUUCAGACUCUCUGAGCCCUUCAGACUCUCUGAGCCCUUCAGACUCUCUGAGCCCUUCAGACUCUCUGAGCCCUUCAGACUCUCUGAGCCCUUCAGACUCUCUGAGCCCUUCAGACUCUCUGAGCCCUUCAGACUCUCUGAGCCCUUCAGACUCUCUGAGCCCUUCAGACUCUCUGAGCCCUUCAGACUCUCUGAGCCCUUCAGACUCUCUGAGCCCUUCAGACUCUCUGAGCCCUUCAGACUCUCUGAGCCCUUCAGACUCUCUGAGCCCUUCAGACUCUCUGAGCCCUUCAGACUCUCUGAGCCCUUCAGACUCUCUGAGCCCUUCAGACUCUCUGAGCCCUUCAGACUCUCUGAGCCCUUCAGACUCUCUGAGCCCUUCAGACUCUCUGAGCCCUUCAGACUCUCUGAGCCCUUCAGACUCUCUGAGCCCUUCAGACUCUCUGAGCCCUUCAGACUCUCUGAGCCCUUCAGACUCUCUGAGCCCUUCAGACUCUCUGAGCCCUUCAGACUCUCUGAGCCCUUCAGACUCUCUGAGCCCUUCAGACUCUCUGAGCCCUUCAGACUCUCUGAGCCCUUCAGACUCUCUGAGCCCUUCAGACUCUCUGAGCCCUUCAGACUCUCUGAGCCCUUCAGACUCUCUGAGCCCUUCAGACUCUCUGAGCCCUUCAGACUCUCUGAGCCCUUCAGACUCUCUGAGCCCUUCAGACUCUCUGAGCCCUUCAGACUCUCUGAGCCCUUCAGACUCUCUGAGCCCUUCAGACUCUCUGAGCCCUUCAGACUCUCUGAGCCCUUCAGACUCUCUGAGCCCUUCAGACUCUCUGAGCCCUUCAGACUCUCUGAGCCCUUCAGACUCUCUGAGCCCUUCAGACUCUCUGAGCCCUUCAGACUCUCUGAGCCCUUCAGACUCUCUGAGCCCUUCAGACUCUCUGAGCCCUUCAGACUCUCUGAGCCCUUCAGACUCUCUGAGCCCUUCAGACUCUCUGAGCCCUUCAGACUCUCUGAGCCCUUCAGACUCUCUGAGCCCUUCAGACUCUCUGAGCCCUUCAGACUCUCUGAGCCCUUCAGACUCUCUGAGCCCUUCAGACUCUCUGAGCCCUUCAGACUCUCUGAGCCCUUCAGACUCUCUGAGCCCUUCAGACUCUCUGAGCCCUUCAGACUCUCUGAACAGGCUUCAGGAUGCUGGCCCGGCUCCCGGCGGCGGUGGGGCGCCCGGCAACCCCCAGCUGCCUUCGCCUUCGCCUGGCCACUCUGACGCUGCUGCGCCAUCCGACGCGUCUGGUUCUAACCGCGCGGCUGCCCCAGUACGCCUGAACAACAGGUUGAAGCAUCCAAACAUCGUCCAGCUGCUGGAAACAUUUGAAGACAAGCACAAGGUGUACCUUAUCAUGGAGCUCGUUACUGGUGGGGAGCUAUUCGAUCGUAUAGUGGAGAAAGGAUCUUACACGGAGAAAGAUGCUUCGGAUCUUAUACGUCAAGUUUUGGAAGCUGUUGACUACAUGCAUGAACAGGGCGUGGUACAUAGAGAUUUAAAGCCUGAAAAUUUACUUUACUACAGUCCAGAUGAAGACAGCAAAAUCAUGAUAAGUGACUUUGGACUAUCAAAGAUGGAGGAUUCUGGAAUUAUGGCUACUGCAUGUGGCACACCUGGAUAUGUCGCUCCUGAAGUUCUGGCUCAGAAACCCUACGGGAAAGCUGUAGAUGUGUGGAGUAUAGGUGUAAUUUCAUACAUUCUACUCUGUGGAUAUCCACCAUUUUAUGAUGAAAAUGAUGCAAAUUUAUUUGCACAGAUUCUCAAAGGUGAAUUUGAGUUUGAUUCUCCAUACUGGGAUGACAUAAGUGAUUCAGCAAAAGAUUUCAUUAGGCAGUUAAUGUGCGUGGAUGUUGAAAAACGAUAUACAUGUCGGCAAGCUCUCAAACACCCAUGGAUAUCUGGCAAUGCUGCAAGCAACAAGAACAUUCAUGGAACUGUAUCAGAGCAGCUGAAGAAGAAUUUUGCUAAAUCACGGUGGAAGCAAGCAUAUCACGCAGCCACGGUGAUCCGUCAAAUGCAGCGGAUGGCUCUGAGUGGAAGUAGCUCUGGACGCAGCCCUGUGCCAGCUCGAACCUGCCUCAGUGAAAGCCUUAAUGGCUCUCCUCGAAAUGACUAGCAUGUCCUGUCUUUGUUGUACAACAUUGGAAUAUCUGUUUCAAGGCCUUGAACUGUUCUAGAUUACACUCCAAAUGUAUAUUGGUGCUUUUCUUUCUGAAUAGUCUCUUUAAGUGGGCAAUUCAAAUUUCUGAAUGUGUGCGACAAAGAUCUGAAAUUCUGAUCUGUGGCAAUUACAUUAACAAAUCUCAUAACAAAUCAGUAUGAUAUUAGUAUUUACUUGAUUUUAGUGCACAUCUGAAAAAAAUUAAAAUUUCUGUCCUGUUUUUAUUUUUAUAUAUAUAUAUAUAUUUUUUUCCCCUUAUCAUGUCACUCAUGUGGCUGCUGGCUCAUAUACCAUGAAAGAAAAAGCACAAAAUAAUGCUUUACUUAAAAGCAAAUUGCUAGCUUGCUGUGAUGGAACUCUUUAUGAAAGAAGUGUAAAAUUAAAUUACUCAAAGUUUCUUUUCAGUCGCAAUGUACUGAUGAAAUAAAUGUGCUCCUAUGUGGUAUAUUUCUUGACAGUGGCUGAUAUGUAUCAUAGUGAUGUAGAUGUGGUAAAUUUGGGUCACAAGAAGAGUUUCUUUUCAAAAUAGUGCAUAAGUUUAACAUCAAUUCUUCUGAUAAAUUUGAACAUAAACUGUCGUCCUAUCUAAAUAUCAAAAAUGCAUGAACAGAACUUUCAGCUGAUCAUUUUUCCUCUAGAAACAAUGAAAUAUUAAAGAAAAUUGUGUAUAUUGGUAUAAAUUCUGAAAGAAUUGGUCAAAUAUAAGGAUGGAAUGGUUUGUGCAACUGGGAAAGGCUGAUAACAUUGUGUUCUCCAAAAUUUUUGCACUUCCAAUCACAGUCAUUAUGGCUUUUUAAGGUUGGCAUGCCACAUAUGUUAAUCAGCAGCACUGUUUGCUCUCCCAGUCAGUCAGGCAACCUAUUUGUGGCAUAUUGAAAUGAAAAGGCAAACUUUGUGACAUGUUGGUAUUAGAACUUAUGUAGAUUCUUUCUGACUUUAGGGUUGACACAGACAAUAUUAACUUGUCUGAAUGUUGUGUGUUGUCUACUGAAUAGCUGUAAAAGGAGUGGAGAUGGUGGGUAUGGCUUGAAUAGUCAGUUCCUCACUGAAAGUAUGAUAAAGUAACUGCUACUUUCUCAUGAACACAAAAUUUAAGUAUGGUAAGCCUGUUUACAUUUGAAACAAUCAGAUUCACCAAAAACUGAGUUAGUAGAAGAUUACUUAACUGUUGUGUCAUACUCUUAAUUGUAAUGUCAGUGCUGCAUAAUACUGCUGAAGACUACCUCAACUGAACAAAACUUGAAUAUCUUUUUCUCAUUACUGGUAUAAACAAUCCUCAUUUACUUCAAUGACAAUAGUGACAAAUCAUUAACAAGCUAGCAACUUAUUUACUUCUUAAAUACAAUGUAAAAUGAUUGAUAUACAAUAAAACUUCCAUUUAUGUACAUUGUUAUGUUACAAGCAAUUGUAAUGGCCUGGAGCCACCCACACCACCUUGCAUGCCAGUUACAAAAAUUAAAAUAUUUAUAUCUGUGCAUAACAUUUACAAUGAAUUUCGACAUGUUCUACUUAUUUUUGUGUAUACAUUAAACAGUGCCCUAACCUUCAAAGGACAGCCAACAUUUCCAGCUGAACUCUCCAGCAGCUAUUGGCAUAGGUAGCAAAGAAGGGUAUCGCUGCUUUCACUAUUAAGAGAGAGGGAAUGGAUUAUUCCAGGAACAAAUGCUCCAGUGGAUAUACACAGUGUAAAGAAAACAUUCUAUACAGUACACUGCUGCAGGCAUAUUACAACUAACCAAAAAUUAUUUUUUACUUCAUUUAGGGAACUAACUGUAUUGUCAUUGGCCUAGUAGUAGCAGUAGCUCUAGUGGUAUAAGUAGUUAUUAGUGGUAAUUAAGGAUUGUAUAACAGUUUCUGAAUUUACUUGUCUUUUAAUAUGAAACAGGUUAAUGGAAAUCUUGACCAUGUGAGCUUGACAGGUGGUGGCAGCUCUUUCUUUUGAAAAUGCAUCAUGUUAUAAUUUAGUUGGAGAAUUAUAGUAAUUAUAAAAUAACAUAAAAACAGUAACGUGCUGAGAAUAGUAGGAACAAAUGUUUGCUGUAACAAACUUCGUUAUUUGUGAAAUAGAGAAACUUUCAAAGGCAAGUUGUUCAUAAAGUGAGAACAUCUAGUAUCAUUAUUAAUUAAAAUUUAAGGUGUUUGGUAUAAGAUAUGUUUGCCUUGAUUCACAGUCUGCUGUAAAUUGCUCUCUCUCUCUCUCUCUCUCUCUCUCUCUCUCUCUCUCUCUCUCAACUAUUAAUCAUUCUCAUAGCAUGUGAGCACGUGUGGGGGAUUAUCUAUCAUAUUUUCUUCCACUUUACGUUGUUGGCUGCUUGAAUUCAUUUGAGUUCAGUAACAUUUUAUUAGUUGCACAAUCAAUCUGACUGUAAAAUCACUUAUAUUGUCCACUCUGAAUGUUUCACAGUUUUGCUUUCUUUAUUCUGUAUUUCCAGAGUUCAUGUGCUCUAACAUAAAAUAAGUGGUUUGAGGUGAGCAAGUUUGCAAUGAGGUUUUAUCUGGCUGUGCUCUACCAUUAAUGAUAUCUGUGUUAGUAAACCAAUACAGAGAAGAAGACAUACACCUUUUACUACAAAUUCACUGCUAAUUGGGUGAUGUUAGGAAGUCAUCAGUUCAAGGCACACACAUUUUCCAUUUUUUUGGGUAUCUUCAUGUAUGAAAUAACAUUUUUUUUAAACAUUGCACAAACAAUUGUGCUUCUAAGCACUGUAUGUUCCACAUUUACAAAAAAGUCAUCUUGCUUCAAACUUCAGAACAAGAGCCAAAAGUGUGUGUUAGACAGGUAAUUAUCCUCUCUCUCUGACUGUCAAGAGUGUGGGAAACCUCAUGGUCUAAAGCAUUGUUUCAAUCUCAAAUGUAGUUCUAUUCUUGCAUAUAAUAUGCAACUCCAUUCAGAGGUGUGUCUGAGUAACUCAAAUUAAUAGUGUGCAUCAGGUAAUCUGUACCCGCAUAUAGGUAACUAUUAGCUGAAGCUUCAGAAUAAAGUCUAAACAGAGUAAAAGACUUUACCUAUUUUUGAAAUGUGUGUUCACACACUCAUUUUUAUUUCCAUUGCAACUGAAAAGGUCGCAGUACAAGGAUGUUGGUAUUAGUAGAAGCAGAUAAAUCUAGAGCUGCUUCUUGAGAAUUUCAAAUUUGAAAAAAUCUAACUCUUCAUAUCUCUAGACCAUGUACUUGUCUUUAGUGGCAUUACAACAAGGUUUAAGCAUUUAAAAAUGUAGUAUAUAUCCAUUUUAUGAUGUUAUAUUGUCUGCAUAUUUUAUUACCCAAUGUAUAUAUUAUUAAUGGCCUUACCCUGUAUGUAGAGGUUUUGAUUAUUACAGUUACAGAAUAAGAGACAGAAAAUGACUAUGCAAAGCACUCAGACAUUCGGUCCACUAAUUCAUUUACAAAGCUGCUGGCAGAGAAAGAUAUGUGCACUUUUAAUGUUAUCAGUCAUAUUUAUCCUUACUUUUGUUUACUUUUAAGGGCAUAAAGUUACAAUUUUUUCUUGGUUAGGCUAUGUAAUACUUACCAUAACCAUACAACAACAUAAAAAUACAUGUUAUCCACCAAGAUUAUGAAUAUGUUCCAUUUUUGUCUGUGUGUACCUUAUAAUAAGAAUAUAUAACUGAUGAAACAAACCACAGAGAAAAUACUGUGGGCUUUAUUUUGUAUGCAGUUUGCAGCACUGAGUUUAGUUUGAUCUGAAGAUUUCUGUGACUCUACUGUGCAAAUUGUAAAUCGUGUCAUGACACAAACUUAAUCAUACAUCAGUGCUUUAGCAUACUACAACAUUCUUUUAGGUGGACUUGAAUUGUACUGUUAUCCUGAUUUCAGUCAAAGAGGGAAUAAACAUAUAUUUUUAUGCUAGUUAAAGAAUGUGCUGAAGGCUAUAUCUUCAAUCAAGAUAAUUUAACAUAAAAGAAUAAAGACAAAAUGAUGAAGGGUAAGAAAAAAGAAAGUAGGAGCAUGGAAAAUGACAAUCUGCAUCAAAAAAGUGAAAUUUGUGAGGAACAAAAUAUGUUUACUGAUACAAUUUGAGAUUUAAAUAAAUAAAUUUAAUCAUCUCAUCUGAUUUCACUCUGUUUUUGAUAUCUUCAAAUUCAGUAUUAAAGUUCUCAUUGUUUUAACUGAAACUAGUGUUAGACAUUACUUCAAUAUGCCAGAUUUAUUAGAAAUUAAUUGUUAUCCACAUAUCGAACAUGAUGCUUAUGUCACAGGAAUCUUGUAUUGUAGCUACCCCCAACAAUAAUAAACUUUAAAAAAGGAAACAAAAAAAUAUCAAACUGAUUCUUUAAAUCAAAGCAUGGAAUUCCAAGGGGGCUGUGCUAUUCCUCUAGUUCAUUACUGACUUGAGAUGUAUGUAUAUAUUUAAAACAAUAAUGAUCAGGACUAAUGAGUAUGUUUCAUGUAUUUUAACUGAAGUUGAUGUACUACUACAUUGUAUGUAAACUACCCAUGUGAUAAUUUGUGUGUAUUAAAUUGCUUAUAAAGUUUCCAUAAAACCAGCAUUAUCUUUA